UUUCUCUGUCGCAUGGGCCGGACGACCCGGCAGGAGCGCCUCCGUCCCGCUCGGUGCUCCGCCCGAACGCCACUCGUCGCCGCCUUUCCGCAGCCACUGUCACCGCGGGAAGGGGGCGUGGACUACGGCGGAGCAGCUGCGCUUUCGGGGCCGGCCGCCGCGCCGCCGCCGCCGCCGCUCACUGGUCCGGAGCGCCCGAGGUCCGCCCAGAAAUCGCUCCCCGGUGUCCCGUCGCUCGACUCCCCCGGAAACGACGGCCCGCCCGCGUGGCGUUCCGCAGCGCGCGCUGUUCUUCCGUCCGGGCCUGGGGGACGCGGCAUGGAGGCGAAGGCGGCGGCCUCGGCGGCCGUGAGCGGCUCGCGCGGGGUGACGGCAGAGGAGACUGCAAAGUGGAUGGAAGAGGCCAUGCGCAUGGCCAAAGAAGCUCUCAAAAAUACUGAAGUUCCUGUUGGCUGCCUUAUGGUUUACAACAAUGAAGUCGUGGGGAAGGGAAGAAAUGAAGUUAAUCAAACGAAAAAUGCCACUCGACAUGCAGAAAUGGUGGCCAUCGAUCAGGUCCUAGACUGGUGUCACCAAAACGACCAGAGUCCCUCUGCCGUCUUCGAGCACACUGUGUUGUAUGUCACUGUGGAGCCAUGCAUUAUGUGUGCAGCUGCUCUCCGCCUGAUGAAAAUCCCAUUGGUCAUCUACGGCUGUCAGAAUGAACGAUUUGGUGGGUGUGGCUCUGUUCUAGACAUUGCUUCUGCUGACUUACCGAAUACUGGGAGACCAUUUCAGUGCAUUCCUGGAUAUCGGGCUGAGGAAGCCGUGGAGCUGUUGAAGACCUUCUACAAACAGGAGAAUCCAAACGCACCAAAAUCAAAAGUUCGGAAAAAGGACUAUCAGAAACCCUGAACUUGUCUGAUCAAAGACUAAUGUCUCAAAGUGACCCGGACAAAAUUCCUGGACUGAAAGCUGUUGACAUCGAUGAAUCAUAUGUUUAUGUGUUGUUACUCUGUGGGUAAAUGGUGUCUCUCAUCAUUUGCUCUGUUAAGGGAACAAAUUAGCACUUCUUAAAAGUCUGACAGUUGUAAACAACUAUUAGCUUUUCCCCAAGCUGAAAGCACAUUUUCAGAAGGGGAAAAAUUAAGGUUUGAGGUUUCAGAAAUUAGAAACAGUGCAUGCCCCUCAGCCACAGCUGUGUGCCCCGUCCAGGAAAGUGCUGGCUUUUCAGGGGAUAUGUGUCCAGAUCCAUUACCCUCAUGUGUCUGGACAGAGCGUGCAGACACUUUCUCUAGGACUGGCCUUUCGGAGUGGGAGCCUCGGUUUUUACAGCUCCAUGUUCCUGCAGGAUACUGGGGGCCUGGCUUCUUUCUAGGUUUUAUAUGAGUUGUAUACACACGACCAUGAUUGCAUGGUCCUUGGCACAGAUCUUUUGCUUUUAUAAAGUAUUGAAGAAAAUUAGUACUUUUAAAACAAGUGCUUAUGGGUCAUUUUUUAAUUGUAGCAUAUUGCUAUAAUAAAGCCCUAUUUAUGCUUCUUUGAAGAGGAACAGUCUUAAAGAGAUAAAGGCAUAAGUGGAAUAAUUCCUUAUUAUUGAGCAAUUAUUUUGUGUCAGGGGCCCUUUGUACCCUGGAACAAAGGAAAGGAUCCUGCCUGUCCUCGUGGAGCUUGUCUCCCAGCCAUGGGGGACAGAUGAUCUUAGUUGAUAGUACAGUUUGCUGGAAAGUGCUAGUAGUUACAGCAAAAAGGAGAAGGUGGCCUGGGGUGAAGGAGACGGGGGUGCCAAUUGGUGGUAGGAAUGCCCCUUGGCGGAAUAGCAUGAUCAGUUUGAUCUGAAAUUAAAUAUUCACUUGAAAAUGCAGAUAAUAAGCUUUAGAUUUAGUAGCUAAAAUUUGAAACUGUGAAUGCAACACAGGAAAAGUGAUCCAUAGCCAAAUCGUCUGACCUCGAGGCACUGAUUGCAGCACGCGGUCACGGGUGCAAAGGGCCACUGCAGAGCUGCACUGUGCGUCUCUGCCCAGGAGGGGGCCUCGCUGUUCCACCAGAAGCCCAGGGCCGGGCCCUGGCAGGCAGAGCAGAGUCCUUUCUCAGUUGCCUUUCUUCAGUGGAUUCGUUUUCUUGAUGCAAAGCAUCUGUAUUUGUUGAUUCUGCCAUUUGAGCGAUGUCUCUGACUUGUUUGUUUUGAAUUACAUUACAGGCUGGAAUGUAAUUGUGGAAGUAUUUUUAUAUCGCUGAGAGUAGCAGCUAAUCACAGUUAACAUGGUUCAGAGGAUUUAUAAUUGCUCAGUUUUGUAAGCGUGCAUUUUAACUGCAUUUGCAGAGUUUUAUGGAGAAGAAUAUGCAUGAUUUUAAGUCUACAAUAAUGUUGCACGCACCUUCUCCAGUUUUUCCUAUUUUGAAAACCGUCUUCUCAUUAAAUUUUAGUGCCUUGACUAGUUCGUUCUUCCUUGCAGUUGGCUAUAACUCACUCUGGAUCCUUAUGCUGUCCUGCAGACUGACUCCUCUGCAUUUGUUGUCUUCAAAUCGCUUUCUUGGGAAUUCUUUGGAGGGCAAACAGCUUGGUCCUCUGGAGGGUAUACUCAGUCUGGUGGAGCACUGUGUGCCAGUGGGUUCUUGGUGAACAUGUGUCAAAUAAAAUUAUUGGUUGAAAUUUGGGGAAAAAUGAAUAAAAAGACUAAGAUAAAAACACAAA